GUUAAGUAACGAAGGGGGGGGAGGCAGUCUGGAGUACAGAACGGCCGUGUGAGCGAGCGGAGCUUCUCAGGGACUAUCAACAGGGAGCGCAACCGACGACUGAGCGUUGAGCCUUGGGUAUGAGAGCUGCCAGAAUCCGCUCUCAUCCUCUUCUGGUCGGGCUUUUGUCCGACUGACAACCAUCGAAUCAGACACUCCACUUCAUCAGCUGUCGGAAGAACCCGGUAUCGGUAACACCUUGCAGCCAUGGAGCUCAGAGUGGGGAACAAAUACCGGCUGGGGCGUAAGAUAGGGAGCGGUUCCUUUGGAGACAUUUACCUUGGUGCCAACAUCGCCACAGGUGAGGAAGUUGCCAUUAAGUUGGAAUGCGUGAAGACUAAACAUCCACAGCUGCACAUCGAAAGCAAGUUCUACAAGAUGAUGCAGGGAGGAGUGGGUAUCCCAUCAAUAAAGUGGUGUGGUGCAGAGGGAGACUACAACGUGAUGGUUAUGGAGCUGCUCGGCCCCAGUCUGGAGGAUCUGUUCAACUUUUGCUCUCGGAAGUUUAGCCUAAAGACGGUCCUGCUUUUAGCCGACCAGAUGAUCAGUCGCAUCGAGUACAUCCACUCCAAGAACUUCAUACACAGAGAUGUGAAGCCGGACAACUUCCUGAUGGGACUCGGCAAGAAGGGCAACUUGGUGUACAUCAUCGACUUCGGCCUGGCUAAAAAGUACCGGGACGCUCGCACACACCAGCACAUCCCCUAUAGAGAAAACAAGAACCUGACGGGAACGGCGCGUUAUGCAUCCAUCAACACGCAUCUCGGAAUCGAACAGUCCAGGCGUGAUGAUCUGGAGUCUCUGGGAUAUGUCCUCAUGUAUUUCAACCUGGGGUCCCUCCCCUGGCAGGGCCUCAAGGCUGCAACCAAGAGACAGAAGUAUGAGCGGAUCAGCGAGAAGAAAAUGUCCACACCCAUUGAAGUUCUCUGCAAAGGAUACCCAUCUGAAUUUUCCACAUACCUGAACUUUUGCCGCUCGCUCCGUUUUGACGACAAGCCAGACUACUCCUACCUACGCCAGCUUUUCAGGAACCUUUUCCACCGACAGGGUUUCUCCUACGACUACGUCUUCGACUGGAACAUGCUCAAAUUUGGUGCCAGUCGGACGACUGAGGAUGGAGAUCGUGAGAGAAGGGCGGGAGAGGAGAGGGAGGAUCGGAUAGCAGGAGCCCCCAGGGCGGCAGCCUCUCGUGGGUUACCUCCAGGACCUACCGCUGGAGCUCCCAACCGUGUUAGGAACGGGCCAGAACAAGCCAUCUCCAACCCUGCCUCACGGGUCCAGCAGUCCGGUAAUACGUCACCUCGUGCAAUUUCUCGUGCAGAGCGAGAGAGGAAAGUAAGCAUGCGGUUACACCGCGGAGCCCCCGCCAACGUGUCGUCCUCGGACCUCACGGCCCGGCACGAUCAGUCAAGAAUUUCCACGUCACAGGUCAGCGUGCCGUUUGAGCACAUGGGGAAGUGAACAAUUUCAGCUCUGCAUGCACGUGAAAGCAACCAGGGCUGCAAGGAAUUUUUGCCUGCCGUUUUUUUCUUUUUGGUUAUGUUUUUUUUCUCCCCCUAUCCUUCUCCAUUCUUUUAACUUGUUCAGUGAAAAAGCUGGUUGUUGAUGUUGAUUCUUUUGGAAUGAGAUAUUAAAUUUUUCACCGAUUCAAAACUCGUAUUAAACCUGCAUUUUUACUUGGACUUCCGUAUCCUGAAGCCUGGAUCACAAACAUUACAGUACAGUCGGAAGUCGCACUUUGACCGGAUCUUUCCCACCCCUUUAUCCCUCUGAAGCAUUCCCUAAACAUUAUCCAAUGUGAAGUAAAGCUGACAUCAAGAGCAAAAGGGUGUGAGGGAAAUGCAUUUUUUUCCUACUUUUUCCAAGCUUUUGCUCUCUUUUUAUUUUUUUUAUCUUUAGUUUAAUGCAGCAAAGAUGACUUUUCACACAAAUCAACUUCAUUUCCAUGAAUAUGUUUUAAUUGCUUUUAAGAGAUACCAGCGAAAAAAGAGCAUUUAAUUGAGAUGGAGAGAUGAAGGUGAGAGGACAGCGAGCUAGUAGAACGGCAACUUUGAAAGGUUUGAGUAAGUCCUGUUUUAACUGUUGUAAUGUUUCCCGCUGUUGCUUCCCCCUCAUUCCUUUUUGCGAUAUCCUCUCAAUAGUUAUCCAUCUAAACCCCAGACACCCCUUUUUGUGGCCCGUUUUGACUUUUUAAGAUUAAAAAAAAAAAUAUUUUAGGGUUAGUUGAUAUUUUAAAGAUACACUCCCAAUCUUGAGGAAAACUCCAUGGAAAAUUCUGAUAAUAGAGCAGAAACCAUAUUUUUUGGCUACACUUUUUUUUUUGUAUUUUUUUUUAAUUUUUUGGGUUAUUGGAUGCUAUUCGGGAGGGAAAGCCCUGUUAGAUUACUGGGGUCCAGGGCAUCAUUUGAUUUUUUUUUUUAAUUUUAUUUUGUUUUUCCUUUGUUUACUCCACUGUAAAUAUUUUUUUUAUUAUUUCACUGUAAAGCCAAAUGUGGUUAAUUGUUGUAAAGGUGUAAAGUAGAAAAAUGCAUACUAAUGGUCUAGGGCUGGGACUCAGAAGAAAGACUUAAACUUUAAGACGGGCGUCCGUUCCUGUGCCAGCUGGGUCAUUCAACAGUUCUUUGUGUGUAAGUGACUGAAUCCCUGCGGAGAACAAUAAAGUAACUUUUACAUUUUCUCUUUAAUUUGUAAUAUUUAUGCAAACUUUUUUGUACAUCUUUUUACUUUUUUUUUUUUUGUGCUUUUAACAGGGCGUUUGGUCCGCCCUAUAACAUACUUCUAUACUUUAGAUUUUUUUUUCAUUAUUCCUCCAGCAAAAAAUGUCUAAAGUUUUUCGUGUUUUUUAAUGUUUUAUUUUAACCUCUCAGCAACCUUGAUGAUGUCAUUUAAAAACAAGAUGUGACUGAAAAAAUGCAAUUGCAGGGAUGAUUGUGUAUAUAACAGUGUAUUGUGUGUAAUUACCUUUGUACAGGCCAUCAUGACCCAGUGGCAUUGUGACUAUAGAUUUAGGGUGGGGGUGACCUUCAAGGAGAUGAAGCAAAGGGGAUUUCACUUUGUGUAUUGUGUACUGAUAUCCUGUACAGUUCUUUAACACUUUACUUACAGUAUUUGUGUAUAUUUUAUGAAGUAAUAAAAAACGUUGCCGACA